GCGGGGCCGCGUUGCGCGGGGAAGGGCGCGCGGCGGCACCGGCGGCCGCCAUGGCGGUGGACAUCACCCUGCUCUUCAAGGCCAGCGUGAAGACCGUGAAGACCCGCAACAAGGCGCUGGGGGUGGCGGCGGCGGCGGGGGACAGCGCCAGGGACGAGCUGCUCAAGCGGGGCACCGCCCGCUCCAAAAGCGACUUCACCGGCAGGGCGCGGGAGGUGAUCUCUCAUAUUGGAAAGCUGAAAGAUUUUCUUCUACAACACAGAAAGGAUUACAUUAAUGCUUACAGCCAUAUCAUGUCUGAGUAUGUGAGGAUGACGGAUACAGAGCGUGACCAGAUAGAUCAAGAUGCCCAGGUGUUCAUGAGAACGUGUGCUGAUGCCAUUCAUCAGCUCAGAACAGAAGCACACAAGGGUGUCCAGUCUGCUCAGGUGAAGGAGCACAGAACAGCUGUCUUGGACUUCAUUGAAGAUUACCUAAAAAGAGUGUGCAAGCUGUAUUCUGAACAAAGAGCCAUCCGAGUUAAGCGAGUGAUAGAUAAGAAGAGACUGUCCAAACUUGAACCUGAGCAGAGCAAUGUGUCCAAAUCAUCUCUUUCCGCUGAAAAAUCUUCACAGAGUCCUUUAGAGGAUUCCGAAGAAAAACUUUCUGCUGAGGAAAGCAAAGACAGGAAUUUGCCCGAUGCCCAAAGUAACCUUGGAUUAUGGGGGGACAGCAGAGGUGAAGAUGAGCUGUCACCUGAAGAAAUACAAAUGUUUGAACAGGAGAACCAGAGACUUGUUGGUGAAAUGAACAAUCUCUUCGAUGAAGUCAGACAAAUUGAAGGAAAAGUGGUGGAAAUCUCCAGAUUACAAGAGAUAUUCACCGAGAAAGUCUUGCAACAGGAAACUGAUAUUGACAAUAUCCAUCAAUUAGUUGUGGGUGCAACAGAGAAUAUAAAAGAAGGCAAUGAAGACAUAAGAGAGGCCAUCAAAAACAAUGCUGGAUUUAGAGUUUGGAUCCUCUUCUUCCUUGUGAUGUGUUCAUUCUCCUUGCUUUUCCUGGACUGGUAUGAUAAUUAAACAUAUAUUGGCACCAUG